GGGCGUGCGGUUCGUCACUUCGGUAACGUAGUUUUCGCGCCCAUUGUCCUAGAAUCUUUGGAGGCAAAAAACCCUGAUGCUUCACACGUCAACAGCAUCCCACAGCUCACACAUCCAUACAUCCCACAGGUCAAUUCUCGCACUUCUCAUAUUUCUUCAGACUUCGACAUGUACCCUAUUUUCAAUGCUGAGUCUGCCAGUGUCGCUGAUAUCUCGGUCAUCUCGCGGUUGUCUGUGCAUCGCUUUUUCAAGACGAACGGACCUGAGGAUUGGACACCCUCUAAUUUCGCCCUGCAUAAGGAUGCCGAGGGCAUGGAGCAGUUCGUUGAGGCACUGCAAGAGAUUCACAGAAACGGGAAAUCAAUGCUCCACACCUAUGCUGGCAAAUGCUACAAGCAUUUACGGACGGACGAAGGAAAGGCCUUGUUAAAUGCUGCGAUGCGAGAGCUGAGACUGCGUCGCGCUCAUCAAGAGAUGGGUGAAGCAGAAUCCACAUUCUCAGCCAAUGUGCGAACCGCCCAUUUUCACAACACAUCCGUCAAGGUCUUAAAGUCGAAUUCCCCAUCACCGAGUCUUCGCUUCCGGGCUGACACGACGAGCACCCGCUCAGAAUCCCAGGCUCUAUCGCCGUCUGCCUCGGAUUUCCCGAGAUCUGCAGAAGUGGCCAUUCCUACAGAAUUAUCAAGCAUUGCCUCAUCAACGCAGACAACAGAGGCAAAGACAUUAAAGAACCAAACGUUGCUGAAGAAACCAAAGGGUAGAGGGAAGGCUGUUAUUGAUGAGGAUGCGCCGGAAGAGUAUCAGUAUGAUGUGGAAGAAUUUGAGGCGAUGGUAGGGCAGCUGGACCGGAGACAGUUCUGGAGACUAAAAUGUAGUGGUCGAUACGUCGAGGAUGUGCUCAUUAAGGCUGCUAGAGAGACCUGCACAGUGCAGCACCACAUCCAUUCUCUCGUCAUCCACACAAUGGAUAAGCACACGCGCAAACUAUUCACGGCGCAUGAAUGGUCGGAGGUCUGCGACACCAAUUGGAAACCAAUGCCGCAGCCAUCACCGCUUAUUGUGAAGUACCUCGAUACUUUCAAUAAAGACAACAUCGAGGAGCUGCACAAAGCCGCGGACGCCCAUCUACCUAUCACUGGGCCGUAUGAACACGAAAAGCACUGGAUCUACAGAUGGAUACGAAUUACGAUCGAGAAUUGGCUUGGUCUCUACUGUCAGCAGCCUGCACCACUAAAGGCAAGUCAACAGGAGUCGUUUUGGCGCAAUGACAUCUUUGGUAUGAUUAACUCCCUUUUCCGAGAUGUUCAAGGCAUGGUGGUUGUGCACGGAGAGCUGACUAGUGAGGACACGGCCAAGAGAAGAAAUGGAGAUCGGGCUUUGCCUACGGAAGGUGCCUUGGAGAGGAAGCGGAUGGGUUACCGCUGUGAUGGUCUUGUGCAGGUUCUAGGACAGCAGCCUUUGAACAUUGGUGUAUUAGAAGCAGGCAAGGUGUUUGACAACACUGGGAGCAAGUUCCUGUUGGAUACGCUGAAGAUCACAAGAGAGCUGCACGACAUGCUCCGGAACCGCCUCCAGGGUUUAUACGUGACGACCAGGAGUCGCGAGCUGACCCUCAUGGGCUUUAUGCUGUCAGGCCCUACGUUGACGACGCUUUUCGCAAACUCUCCCGGUGGUUACGUUGUUCGGGUUCGUCCUUAUCAUAAGGAAUUCAGGAUUGCUGAGGACGUUUCUCAUUUCAAACUGAACCUACGCAUUCUAAAGCACUUGCUAAUCGCCAAGGUUGUCCUUUUGGACGCAAAGGCGAUCAUACAAGAGGUUCCAGUGAGUUGGGAUGAUGAAGAGGACGUGAUCGAGGAAGGGGACGUGACUGAUGAGGAGAGCGCGAUCGAGCGCUCACCAUCAACACCGCCCCACCGACUCCACCUCCCCCCACUGCAGACCACGCCCAUGCGUCCUAAAAAGCGACGGACUAUGACUGUUGUUGGCGAGCGGUAGAAUGCUGGAUCAAAUAAUGCUGGAUCAGAUAAUACUGGAUCAGAUAAUGCUGGAUCACAUAAUGCUGGAUCACAUAAUGCUGGAGAAGACCGUUGUUGACUUGGAAGGACAUGCCAAGCUUAUGUAUCGCUCAGUAGUGACUGGAUGAAUUGGUGGCGGUAAACAUCCCAUCGGAUUUACAUCAGGUUGCAUAUCGAUGGAUAAAAAGCGCUCUGAAACAAGUACUUCGCUAGAGGCAUGGAUGGAUAUUGACUUCGUGCUCGUUGCAUCACUAAUGGGUUUCUGCGGCAACUUUCUCGGCGAGAAUCUUCAAUAAAACCCUUUGCCAGAGCCG